GUCUUAGUGCCCCCACUGAGUAUGAGUUCAGAAUGAAGCGGCGUUUAGAUGAUCAGGACGCAGGCUUUGCGGCACAGCAGCGCAGACUUCCAGGAGGCACCGAAGGCUUCCAGCACAGGGUUCUGGCUCCAGCGCCGGCGGUGUACGAGGCUGUGACUGACAACGUGCAGCCCACCUCUGGCCUCCAGUAUCCUGUACCCCAGAGCUACCAGGUUCCUGCUGUGGCUCAGAGCUCUGGAGGUCAUGGCCAUGCUCCAAACCCUGCUGCCCACAGCAGCUCCCAUCACCACAACUCUGCUGUACAACCACACGGCCCUGCGCUGGUCCAGAGUCACGGUCACCCACCCAACCCCACUGCCUCUGCACCCGGCCAGCAGCAGUUCCAGAGACUCAAGGUGGAGGACGCCCUGUCCUACCUGGACCAAGUGAAGCUGCAGUUUGGAAGUCAGCCACAGGUUUACAAUGACUUUCUGGAUAUCAUGAAAGAGUUUAAGUCUCAGAGUAUUGACACGCCGGGUGUGAUCAGUCGAGUGUCCCAGCUCUUUAAGGGUCACCCCGACCUCAUCAUGGGCUUCAACACCUUUCUGCCGCCUGGAUACAAAAUCGAGGUGCAGACCAACGACCUGGUGAACGUCACCACGCCGGGGCAGAUCCACCACAUCACGCCACACGGUAUCUCAGUGCAGAACAUCCCCCUGACAACUCCAGCACCGCAUCAGAGCCAUCUGACUGCACAAGCUUCCAGUACAGGCACUGCUCCCUCCACUCAGCCUUCACAGAAGAACAAGCCGUCGCAGUCUCCAGCACUCACGCCCAGCAGUCAGCCCAAUCCGUCCAUCCCACCAUACGCCUCGCCCCGUUCCCCACCUCUCCACCCCCACACCCCCAUCAGCAGCACCCCCAACGCCCCCCCACUGCAGAACAACCAGCCUGUGGAGUUCAACCACGCCAUUAACUAUGUCAACAAGAUCAAGAACCGUUUCCAAGGCCAGCCAGACAUCUACAAAGCCUUUCUGGAGAUCCUGCACACAUACCAGAAGGAGCAACGUAACGCUAAAGAGGCAGGGGGAAACUACACCCCAGCCCUGACUGAGCAGGAGGUUUACGCUCAGGUGGCACGGCUCUUCAAGAACCAGGAGGACCUGCUCUCAGAGUUCGGACAGUUUUUACCGGAUGCCAGCAGCUCUGUGCUGCUGGGCAAGACUACGGCGGAGAAAGCCGAAUCUGUGCAGAAUGAUCAUGGAAGUACUGUAAAGAAACCACAGCUGAACAACAAGCGGCCGAACCAGAACGGCUGUCAGAUUCGCAGACACUCUGGUUCCGCUGCAACCACACCACCAGUAAAGAAAAAGCCUAAGUUACUGAAUCAGAAGGAGUCUUCUGUAGCAGAAGCCAGCAAGCAUGGAGUCGGCACGGAGUCUCUGUUCUUCGAAAAGGUGCGGAAAGCGUUACGGUGUGCUGAGGCUUACGAUAACUUCCUGCGGUGCCUGGUCAUCUUUAACCAGGAAGUGAUCUCACGUGCUGAGCUUGUGCAACUGGUGCUGCCGUUCCUGGGGAAGUUCCCAGAGUUGUUCACCUGGUUCAAGAACUUCCUGGGCUACAAGGAGAUGUCGCACUUGGAGAGCUACCCCAAAGAGCGGGCAACAGAGGGCAUCGCCAUGGAGAUAGACUACUCCUCGUGCAAGAGGCUGGGGUUUAGUUAUAGAGCACUGCCUAAGAGCUACCAGCAACCCAAAUGCACAGGGAGAUCCCCGCUAUGUAAAGAGGUGCUGAACGACAUGUGGGUCUCGUUUCCUUCCUGGUCAGAGGACUCGACCUUCGUCAGCUCGAAGAAGACGCAGUAUGAGGAGCACAUCUACAGGUGUGAGGACGAACGUUUUGAGUUGGACGUGGUUUUGGAGACCAACCUAGCCACUAUCCGGGUGCUGGAGUCCGUGCAGAAGAAGCUCUCGCGCAUGUCCGCGGAAGAACAGGCCAAGUUCCGACUGGACAACACGCUUGGCGGCACUUCUGAGGUCAUCCACCGCAAGGCCAUACACAGGAUAUACGGAGACAAAGCUCUAGACAUCAUUGAUGGACUGAAGAAGAACCCUGCCGUCUCCGUCCCCAUCGUACUUAAGAGGUUAAAGCUGAAGGAGGACGAGUGGAGAGAAGCGCAGCGGGGCUUCAAUAAGAUCUGGCGCCAGCAGAACGAGAAAUAUUAUCUCAAGUCCUUAGACCACCAAGGCAUCAACUUCAAGCAGAACGACGCCAAGGUGCUCCGCUCCAAGACCCUCCUCAACGAGAUCGAGAGCAUUUAUGACGAGCGCCAGGAACAAGUUUCGGAGGAGGCGGGGACUCCGGGAAGCGGCCCUCACCUCACCUUCACCUACGAGGACCGGCAGAUCUUGGAGGACGCGGCUGCCCUGAUUAUCCACCAUGUCAAGAGACAAACCAGCAUCCAGAAAGAGGACAAGUACAAGAUCAAGCAGAUCAUCCACCACUUCAUCCCUGACAUGCUGUUCUCUCAGCGAGGUGCUCUGUCCGAUGCCGAGGAGGAAGAGGAAGACGAGGAGGACGCCGAGCUCGAUGAAGGAGGCUCCAAGAAGCACAACGGUGUCACCGGGAGUCCCAGCAAGUCCAAGCUACUGUUCGCCAACACACCGGCUCAGAAGCUGCGCUCCUGCGACGACGCCUACAGCCUCUUCUUCGUCAACAACAACUGGUACAUCUUCCUGCGGCUGCACCAGACGCUGUGCACGCGCCUCCUGCGCCUGUAUAGCCAAGCCGAGCGGCAGAUCGAGGAGGAGCUGAAGGAGCGCGACUGGGAGAGGGAGGUGCUCGGUCUCAAACGGGACAAAAGCGACAACCCCGCCGUCCAGCUUCGGCUCAAGGAGCCUAUGGACAUCGAUGUUGAAGACUACUACUCCGCCUUCCUGGAGAUGGUGCGCAAUUUACUGGAUGGGAACAUGGAGGCGUCUCAGUAUGAGGACUCCCUGAGAGAGAUGUUCACCAUCCACGCCUACAUCGCCUUCACUAUGGACAAACUCAUCCAGAGCAUCGUCAGGCAGCUACAGCAUAUAGUGAGUGAUGAGAUCUGCGUGCAGGUCACAGAUCUGUAUCUGUCCGAGAGCAGCAGCAGUGCCACAGGUGGCUCGCUCUCCACGCAGACCACGAGAUCCGCCGCCGAGUCGACCUACCAGCGCAAAGCUGAGCAGCUCAUGGCUGACGAGAACUGCUUUAAGCUGAUGUUCGUUAAGAGUCGAGGAAACGUGCAGCUGACGAUCGAGCUUUUGGACACGGAAGAGGAGAACUCAGAUGAGCAAGGGGAUUCGGAGCGCUGGGCGGAUUACUUGGACCGGUAUCUUAGUGCUGAUGUGAUGUCCCCCGAGCUAAGAGAACACCUGGCGCAAAAGCCUGUUUUUCUUCCAAGAAAUCUGCGUCGAAUCCGGAAGCGUCAGCGGGGAUGUGAGCAGCAGGAGAAGGACACAAAAGAUGGCGGAAAGAAGGAGAACUCGGAGAACAUGAAGAUGGAGUGCAUGUUCAAGCUCAACUCCUACAAGAUGGUGUACGUGUUUAAGUCUGAGGACUACAUGUACAGACGCACCGCACUGCUGCGAGCUCAUCAGUCACAUGAGCACGUGAGCACGAGGCUGCACCAGCGCUUCCAGACCUGGCUGGAUGGAUGGCUGAAGGAGCACGUGAGCCGGGACAUGGCUGCCGAAACGGCCAAGUGGCUGAUGGGAGAAGGGCGCGAAGGGCUCAUACCCUGCACUACGACCUGCGACCCAGAGACGCUCCACUUCAGGAACAUCAACAAGUACAGAGUGAAAUACAGCAGCGGCUACAAAACGCCGUGAAGCGGUGAACGCCUGUUUAGAAGGUUAUCGGGGCAGGUUUAGCGCGCAGGGGAGGAAAUGGACUUGGCAACAACUUUCUAAGGACGACAUGACGGCACUCAGCCGCUCUCAUGUCACACACCAGUGGGGGCCGGCGUACAUCUAUUUUUUUUAUUAUUAUUAUUAUUUUUUAAAACAGCGUUUCUAGCUGUACCCAUGCCCACGUUUCUAUCCGUGCCAAACCAUGGGAAGAAAACACCCUUCCAUCAAACUGCAUAAAAUUUAGUCUAGAGCUAAUCUAGAACAAGAGCCGUUCUCGCGUUCCCAGUCCCACAGAGAUAAAAACCCCAGAAGUGUGACUGGACGGCUUAGCAGGACGUUAGCGUAUUACUGUAAGCACAGGCUGCGUAACGGAAGAAUAGGACACUGAGUCCAGGAUUUAUUCUCCCUCUCUAUACGUAAACAGAUGCUGUUGAACUCGGUGAUGGAAAAACACUCAAGACUCAAAUUUAACUUGGGGAUAAGUGCACUUAACUUUGAACAGACAAAGGAAUAUAUGUAUGUAGUUCUCCAGCCAAAGUUUAGUAGUUCCAUAAGCACUGUCGUUACAAUAAGCUCAGAUCAUUUCCCAUCGUAAUGGCAAAUAUCUAAUAAUGAAGAACUCUAAGAGUAAGUUGUUGUGGUUUUUUUAUAUAUAUAUAGUUAAAAGCAAAAAAAAAAAAAAUAGAAGAGAGCAAUAAAGAUCUGCGGCGUCGUGUGGUGUUUAGGAUAGAAAGUGUUGAACGAAUGGAUGAAUGAACGAAGCUUGCAAACGUGUAAAUGCUACAUCAUUUAUAUGUCAGAGUGAGACGUGAGCACAGAUUUGUCGGCCACCCUGGCAGUAAACCUUACAAAGUUGCUGGCAAAGCCCAACGCCAAUACACCAGCUAGAGCACACACACACACACACACAUACACAAAUGAAAACUUACAAUGGACGCUCCAUAGACACAGAACAGUUCACUAUUUGUAAAUAACUUGUGUAUAUAUAUAUUGGCAGACUUUUUUUUUUUCUUCUUCUUUUUUUUUUUUUUUUAAAUGAAAGACCUGUGUUGUUGUUCACGUGAAACUUUGCAGGCAUUCUGUGAACUUUAGGAAGAGCGAUGGCUAAAAAGCAAACAUGCAAGACAAGUUUAUUACUGUUUUUACCAAAGGGAGUUGAUUAAAAUGAUUUUUCUUUUAUUUCUUUCUUUCUUUCUCUCUCCUUUUUGUGUUUACUCCCCCCCCCCCCCCCCCCCCCACACACACACACACUUUUUUGUCUUUUUUAGUAGUAAAGAAUUGUUCAUUUUUGUAAAAGUAGAAAUGUAUCCAGGUUCUUGUUUUUUGAAACGUUUUUAUAAGGAAAAAAAAAAAAAAGCAAAACAAAAACAUUUUAAUUUUUCGGAAGUUGAAAUUUGGGCUCAUUUCAGCACACAUUAAUCACUGCCUGUUUGGAUACACAUCUGUUUCUCUAGUCUGAACACUGAGGAAGCCGAGCGGUCGAGCUCACACUGUCCUCGGCUAACCGAGAAGCCCCGCGAAUGUAACGCGCCGCAUUCGUCACGCCAGGUUUUCUUCUUCACCCUGGAUAGAUUUCUGCUGGAUAAGAAUAUAAAUAUAUAUAGAAAUAUAUAAAUAUAUACAUUUUAAAACUGAAAGUCACAAAAGCAUGUCUUUUUUUCUGUGGAUCAUCAUAGCCCCUUUAUUUCAAUAUUAUUUAAGAUAAUAAUAAUAAUAAUAAAAGGACAUUUGUAGCA